AUGCAGGGAGGUGCUGCUGAAGAUCUUGUUCAUCUGAAGCAGGUCGGACAAGCGAUUGACAUUUGCAACAAGGAGACCCCGAGCAAGCGUCAGAAGGAGGAGCUUGUGAAGCCGCCCCUGGAUGUGCUGAGGGUGGAGGAUGAACUCUUCAUCUCUCCUAGUGUGGACGCUGCUCUGCUCCGAGCUAGAGAACUUUUUGCCUCAUCGGUAGCGCUACCGAUAGCUUGGCUACACUUGGAUGCGAACGUGGAGAGCAGCCGUACCCGAAAGCAUGAGAGGGUCAAGGAGGGUGCUCAGAGCGUUUGCCGGUUGCAGGAAACCUUCCGCUGCAAACCUCUGGACCGCUACUUUCUGCUGUGGUCCUUUUUUGCAGAAGAGGAGUUCUACCUGCUCUCACUGCCGCUUCUUUUCUGGUGUGGCGACUAUAGAUUUGCACGUCAUAUGACUUAUGUUGUCUGUUUCGGCUUGGUGUGGGGCAAUCUGCUCAAGGAUGUGUUUCGGCUACCUCGGCCGCGGAACGUAAACUCCAAGGUUUGGGUGCCGUCGAGCGCUUCCCAGAUCGAUUCUACUGCUUGCCGUGACUUUGGCUUUCCCUCUACCCACGCGAUGAACUCAGUUAGCAAUGCGAUCUUUGCAGUCCUAUAUGGCUUUUACCAUGGUACCGCCAUCUCUGGCGGUUUGCUUGGGCUGCUUGCCGGUUGCUGGAUCUUCUCUGUUUCUUUUGGUCGGUUGUACCUUGGAGUGCAUUCCCCCAUGGAUGUGAAGGGAGGUAUGAUUCUUGGUUUGGUUGUGGCUCUCCUGGUGUACAACCUUGCAAAUGCCUUCGACGACUUCAUGCUGGGAACUCCGUACGCGGCAUUCCUGCUUGCGGCUUUUGCUUCAUUCGUGCUGGUCUUGAAUCCGCAGCCACGGCCGAUGACACCGACUUUCCUGCAGAACUGCACUUGCUGCGGCCUCAUUCUGGGCUGCGCCAUCGGUUUUCGUAUGGAGUCGCAGCGCCGCACAGCAAGUGCCUUCCAGACUGAGCCAGUGCAGAGUGUUGCGGCUGCUGCGCUGCGUGUGGUAAUAGGCUUUUCCAUUCUCCUCCUGGCAAGACUGGUGCUAAAGAGCUGCUUCACGAGCCUGUUGCGCCUUGUCGGCUUGGAACCAAACCCUGGGAAGCCAGUACCUCGAAGUGAGGUUGAAGGUCCGGAGGGCUGCAGGCAGGAGAUAAAAGGCUGGGAACUCUUUGCGGCGGCUGUGCUGAAGACCAGCGUCUACACCAGCAUGGCAUGGACCAUCGUGUGUGGGGCUCCGGCCAUAUUUCACAUGCUUGGAAUCCCAUGCGCCAUGAACGGCUGA